CCAAUUGCCCAACACAUUUAACCCAAACCCAAACCCAAACCCAAACCUAAACCCCAGGAUAUGAAGAUCAUGAUGGGCCUAGCUCUCUUCGCCGUACUCGCCGCCUUGCUUGCCCGGCCAGGCUCGGCGCAGUCGACGUCUGGCUGCACGCAGGUGCUCAUGACGAUGACCCCCUGCCUGAACUACGUCACGGGGAACUCCUCUGCGCCCUCUGCGACCUGCUGCUCAUCGCUCGGCUCCAUCGUCCAGUCGCGGCCACAGUGCCUCUGCCUGCUCCUGAACGGGGCCAUGUCGUCGGCUGGCUACAACAUCAACCAGACGCUUGCCCUUGCGCUUCCCGGCGCGUGCAACGUGAAGACCCCAUCGGCGAGCAUAUGCAACGCACUGUCUCCCUCCGGUGCUCCAACAACAAGUCCCCCUGCAGACAGCAACACACCUUCUGCACCAGCAGCAUCGUCAACUCCAACACUUCCUUCUGAAAAAUCAGGGUCAAAGACUACACCAACCACCACAAGUGGAAGCAAAAGCAUUGGAGUGUCCCUUGGCUCUCUGCUCUUCGCCCUCAUUUUGGCUUUGUUCGGAUCGAAUCUCUUCAAAUUCUAGAACGAGAAAUCUUAUUGAAUAGGACUAUGUCCUGUCUGUAAUUUUCAGCCUAUGGAGUGAGAGUUUUGGGUUCCAUGUUUUGUUCCAUAUGUGUUAGAUGAAUUACAUUAUGGCGCGUACUUUAUUGCUACGUCAAGAUCAGGGUAGUUUUCUGCGGCAAA